AUGCUCGAGAACAUAAACUAUGCUGUUAUGGUUUUAGCCGACCAGUUUACAGGGCAGAAACGUCAACGUGGGCAUUGGAGUUCAAUCUACGGUAACCAACGGCAGUUGCCCGUCAACCAUCCGUACCCAAAUUCGUGUUCGAAUAACCUUGGUGUGACAUCCAACAGGAUGCGGUAUUCCACUAGUGAGGAGAACAUGCGGAUGAGUGCCGAGGAUCGUAAAGAUGGCUCCUGCUGCGUCUCCUUCCGCGUGUCGGAGCCCGGUGAAUACCUCUGCUCCAUCCGCUUCAACGACGAACAUGUUCCCGGAUCGCCAUUUGUUGUGAACAUUGACGACACGGGCUCCAACCAGAUUUACGCUACCGAAACCAAGCAGCUGAGCGUAGCAGCCAUUGGACUGCCCAUGGCCUUUACCGUGAACUACUCUGGCGUGAGUGGUCGUCUUCGGGCCUACGUGGUCACUCCCUCGGGCAGGGAGGAGCCGGCUGUUGUGCAUCCUGUGGACGUCGAUCAGAAUGCGGUUCGUUUCACGCCUCAGGAGAACGGCCCUCACCUGGUACACGUCUUGAUGGACGAGCGACCGAUACCUGGCAGCCCGUUCCGCGUCAUUGUCGGUCAGGAUGCGGGUGAUCCCGGCCUCGUCUUUGCUUCCGGCGAUGGUGAAAAGAACCGUUUCUUCGUAAACACGUCGCAAGCGGGAAGCGGUGCCCUCUCCGUGACAGUGGAUGGACCCAGCAAGGUGCAGCUAAAUUGCUCGGAGCGUCCCGGUGGCUACGAAUUCACAUACACUCCUUAUGCACCGGGAAACUACACCAUUAGUAUCAAAUAUGAGGAUCAGCACAUUGUUCAGUCGCCUUUCAGAGCCUUCGUUACCGGCGAUCCAGUGUACGGUUCCUACUCGACAGACACGGCUCAGGUCACUGUUACCGCAAACGAAAGACUCAUGACCGGUCCGCAGCGUUCCAUGGGGUACUCACGACCAGACAACGUUACCUGCUCUGGUCCCGGUCUCACUCAGGCCUACGUAGGCAGUAACAACACCUUCACCGUCAACGCUCAGACUGCUGGAAACGAUGUCCUCUACGUGGGUGUGUCUGGACCAGUUGUACCCUGCGAAGAAGUGAACAUCAAGCACCUCGGAAAUAACAUGUUCCAGGUGUUGUACUCAGUGCGGGAUCGAGGUCGCCAUUACAUCAUGAUCAAGUGGGGAGACACGCACAUUUCCGGAAGCCCCUUCAUAGUGGACGCCGUCUAA